AUGCAAGAAAAAACUAAUAAUCUUCUUAUUCUUUCCACGAAGCUUUUUGCAUUCUUCCUUAUUUUGUGCGCUUGGAACUAUCCCUUCCAGUCCUCCUUCUUUAGAAACUCAUCCAGCAAGAGUAACUUGAACAACAUAUUGGGUGAACUCAGGGGAAGACUUUUAAAGGGAGGCACGGCAGUAGAGAGACACGCACAAGAUGCUGUGCUACGAGAAAGGCUAGUCAACAUACUCCACGAUGAUGACGAAACAAUUAAAGUUCGAUUAAACGAGUUGAUACAAGAGGAGAAACGCAAAAAAACGUGGAAUCUAUACUACGUAAUGGAAAUUUGCCAGAUGAAUUACCGCGAAGUAGCAAAUCGGGAAAAGGAGCCAGUGCAUCGAAACGCGAAAGAAAACCUAAAAGAAAGAAAAAUAUAGAUGGACAAUGACGCAUCCACGAAGUCGCUAAGCUUACGAAGCGAUGAUGACGCAUCUUCGGAGUCGCUAAGAUUACGAAGCGAUUAUGACGCUUCCACAGAAUCUCUAAGCAUCGAGAGCACCAAACAUGGCUCCACAACAACUUUGGAUUCGCUCCAACUAGAUAAAUAUUUAGGAAAAGAAUUUGAAGACGAGAUAAGUUACUACGAAAGAAGGGAAUCAAUAAACCUUGCUCUAAAAAGAGGUUAUUACGAAAACCUAGGCAAAGAAAUAUUAGACACCAAAUUUGUUAAAGACUUAGAAAGGUUUGCCAUGGUAAAGGAAAUGAAAAGAGGAUCAUCCAUAGGUCGUUUUCUAAAGAAAUUAGACACCAAUUUCCAAUUGGAACUUGUUGUACCUUUCCCCAUAAACAAGAGCCUUAGAUCCAAUAGUUCUUUCUACAGCCGGGGACUCACCG